UCUUCCGGAAGUGAAUCUGCCCGGUUAAAGCGCCAAGGCUUUUGAGGAUCCGAGCUCUUGCGGUUGUAGUUUUUGGUUGUUUUCUUCAAUCUCUGCGGCUUCUGCCACCUAGGUGUCCACUCGUGCACCCGGGAAUCUGCUGCUAUGUCUGUAGUUCCACCGAGCCGCUCGCAGGCUGGCUGGCCUCGCGGUGUAUCCCAGUACGGGAACAAAUACCUGCAGGCCAAGCCGCUGACCCUAGAGAGGACCAUCAAUCUAUAUCCACUGACCAACUACACUUUUGGUACAAAGGAGCCCUUGUAUGAAAAAGAUUGCUCUGUUGCUGCCCGAUUUCAGCGCAUGCGGGAGGAGUUUGAGAAGAUCGGCAUGAGGCGCACAGUGGAGGGUGUCCUGAUUGUGCAUGAGCACAGGCUACCUCAUGUGUUAUUACUGCAACUCGGGACAACGUUCUUUAAGUUACCCGGUGGAGAGCUAAAUCCUGGGGAGGAUGAAGUAGAGGGCUUGAAGCGUCUCAUGACUGAGAUUCUGGGCCGUCAGGAUGGUGUGCAGCAAGACUGGGUAAUUGAUGACUGCAUUGGAAACUGGUGGAGGCCAAAUUUUGAGCCCCCUCAGUAUCCCUACAUUCCAGCUCAUAUCACUAAACCCAAAGAGCAUAAGAAGCUAUUCUUAGUACAACUUCAAGAAAAAGCUCUUUUUGCAGUUCCGAAGAACUACAAGCUGGUUGCUGCACCAUUAUUUGAGCUUUAUGACAAUGCUCCUGGUUAUGGACCCAUCAUCUCCAGCCUUCCCCAACUUUUGAGCAGGUUUAAUUUUAUUUAUAACUGAAGGUUAUGGAAUCGUGUUCAAAAAUCCUAAUGGAGAUAUGACUCCAGUUUUUUGUGAACAUCUGAGGCAGUAGUGUGGCUUCUCAGACAGAGACUAAAUCAGUUCUUCAAGCCAAACCCAGUGACAUCUGCAGAACCUGACCUGCCUCUGCUGACACUCAAGUGGGAUUUUGUUCAACUCUCCACCAAUUAUAAAGCCAAGAAGCUUUAAUUGGUGCAUUUGUUUUUUUAAAAAUAUUGUCUGCUUAUGUAAUUGUUUGCAUUUUCUACUUUAUUAAAUGGAAAAUACCUCUUUUUUGAGGGUUUUAAUGAAUUGUAGUUUGUGUACUUUGUGUAUCAUCAUUUAUUUUGUAAUUGGAUAUGACAGAAACUUAGUAUAUAGAUUAAUUAAAAAGAACACUGACCUGAUUUCCUCUGGUUUGGUUUGUAUGGCAGAAAUGAGUUUUUAAUCAUGGGCCUGUCAUUGUUUACGCCAGUUCCACUAUUUGCCUUUUUAAAGGCUAUUGUGUAAUUGGCUAGAUUUGGGAUAAUACAUUUUAAGAUGUAUUCGUUUGAGUGACUGAGCAUGACCUGAGCUUAUUCAGAAUGUGAAUGAUCAAAUCUGAGCAAAUUGGCAAUUCCAGGUAUACGUGGCUCUUCGGAGGUCCUAUCAUUAUGUAUCCCAAUUACAGAUGAGUGGGGAAUACUUAAUCACAAAAGGGGCAAACUGAAUUGGGCUAUGGUUAUUAUUGAAGAAGAUUUUUUUUUAAAAAGAAGUCACUUGCAUGUGAAUUUCACUUGCUCUUUAAUGACUCUGAUCUUAGUUUGUCCUUCUAAUUUUGGUUCUUUCAAAAUGCAGUUUUAGCCUAAUUUGGAAGUUUUGAGAGGAAAUGUCUAAUGCCAGGCAACUCUACUGCAAUUUGAAGUGUUCCUUUCUGAGCUUGGUGCAUUCCAAAUGAUGUUACUUAUUUUCAGCAAUUUGUUUUGGAACAUGGGAGUAUAGUCAUCAAAUGUAGAAAUUUUGAGAAGGUCUACCGUGACCAAAUCAAUAAAUGUGCUCUUGACUAGUUCCUACAUUUGAAGAAACGUUCAAAGAACCUUGUCAUCUGUUGUUAAAACUUAAUGGAGAUUUAAGUCCUGACCCUUUAUGAUUGUAUAUUGUGUUGUUCAUUUAGGUAUCAUUUCAGCUUUGUAAGAUGUUGUGCAUGAUGUAUUUUUGCAGAUGGCUUGGGUGUUUGCCUGUACUGCUCAUUUCAUCUCCAUGUACUGUUUUGCUCCCUUAAAUUAAGCAAAAGGGCAGAAGGAUUGUUUAGGGGAAUGUAUUGAAGAAGCAAUACAUACACUUUGGAUAGUACCUUUGGAGAGAUAGCAAACUGCUGCUUGUUUGCCCAUAACGGUUGACUGUGGCCACCUAAUGUUAUACCAGGGAAAUUGUAGUUCUCAAGGUUGAGUGGUGGAUUUUCUUUUCUCCACAUUGUACAGCAGUGCGAAAAAAAGCUAAUACUGCAUCACUCCCUGGCCAAUGUGGGUAUCUUUUUUUUUAAGCUCAAUAACAGUUUAAUCCUUAUCUCUCCUUUUAAACUGUAAGCUCUACUGCUAAUUGGUACCCUGUGUCUGUGUUUUCCUCCAGGUGCUUCCACUUUAAAAAGUUUGUUGGUUGGCUGCUGUAAGUUAUCCCUAGAAAGGGAGAAUGUGUUGGUGAACUGAAGUGAAUGGCACUGCUGAGAGGUGGCACAGGUUAAAUAUGCAUUAGUGCAAGAAAACCUGUAUGAAAUACCUGCAUGAAUCCAUUACACCUUUCCCCUGCAUUCUGUAAAUCGUGGUCAAAAUACACAAUUGUUCUCAGGUGCAGCAGGUCUCCAAACCAGAUAUUGGUGAUUGUGGCUGUUACCUUCCUGUGGUUUGAAACUCCUUUAAAAUCUAUCAAUGGCUCUUCAAGUCUUUCUGUGCAUAUACUUGAAGCUGGUGAGGAAGACAGCAUUUCAGUUAUAGGUACAGACGGUACCACCUAAUUCUGUGCUGCUUCAGUACAGCCUAUGUUAACUUAGGAAAUGGUGCCUUACUCUCAUGUGGCAGUGGUUUGCAAUUCCUUGUUUUGUUUUAAUGCAGAUGCCAGUCGCUGCAAAUGAUGGACAUCAAGUCG